GCCAAUAUGUGAAAGACCAAAACUUGCAUUGGAUAUAUUAUAAGGGUGAUGGUUCCUAUCCCCAAGAAGUAAUACUUGAGCACGUUAAUGAUAGUUACCAGCUGGCUGUAAGGUCAGAUUAUAUGCCAGGGUGUAAGAAUCCAGAAAAUGUAAUUAACGAUUUUAAUGAUAACUGCUUGGCUGAAAUAUUUAUGUAUUUGCCAGCAUGUGAAAGAUCAAAACUUGCAUUGGUAUGCAAAAAAUGGAAAAAUGCCCUUGAUAAAGCUUGGUAUGGUGUAAAAAAACUUGAAUUAAUUCAUUGGCGUUAUGAUGAAUAUCCAAAUUGUUUGGUUAAAUAUCCAACAAGCGAUGGAGGAUUCUGUCUUAUAAAGUCACUGCUUAAUAAAUGUGGUCGUUAUUUAACAACAUUAGACUUGACAGCUUAUGAUAAUUGUAAGAUAGUGCCAGUUAUUAAUGAAUUGUGUCCAAACCUCGUAACACUUCGCUUGAGAUUCACCAACAUGGACCAAGUAAUAUUAGCCAAUGCAUUCACACGUCUAUCUAAACUGAAAUCAUUAACAAUUAUAUUUCAAAAUAUAAAGCCUUUUCUGUUGUUACCUCUUGUUGCUUUAAUCAAUUCAUUGAGAAACGUUGCUAAUACACUGACUGAUCUUAAUCUGUUGAAUUGGCUUGAUGAAUUAAAAGGUAUCCCUGAUUUUACAGAAGCAUUUAAUAAUGUGAUUCGUGACUUGAAUGCUCUGAAAAGAUUUGAAUGUGCUGGUGUAGGAAUGUCUGCUGAUAUAUACCAUUAUCUGGCAGCCAACGGAAUUACAUGUUCGAAUCAUACCCCACACCUUAAAAAUACUCUUUCUAUAUCAGAGCCAUUCAUAAAUAUCAAGUCAUUGAAAAUGAUGCAAUGCCCAAUAACAGAUGAUACAUUGUAUACUAUUGCCAAUACUUUCAAGCACUUGGAAUUAUUACAUAUAAAUAGUAACCUGGUAACCGAUGAUGGUGUAGUAGCACUUUCAAAGAUGUAUAAUUUACAAAAUCUGUUUUUUAAUGGCCGUACUAAGAUCACUGAUUCUUCAGUCAAGCUGCUGAAAAACCUGAUAAAAUUAGGCUUACCAACCAGUAAUAAAAUUACUGAUGAUUCAGUCUUAACAGUUCUUGAAAAUUCACCGAAGAUGGACGUGCUUUCUGUUCACCGCGCAAAUGUGACUGCUGAAUCAGUCAAAAAAGCAGCAGAAAUAUCAAGAAGUCGAAAACAACGUCUAAUCUUCUGUGUUCCAUCAAUGCCAGAUAUACAACAAUAUGUUUCGCCUUACUUUGAUUUGCGCGAAGAACAAAUGAUAAACGGAAAACCAGCACCUGUACCUGUCGGUGCAAGUGCUCAUGCAAAUAGUGGGCUCACAACGAGUUCAGGGGCAAGCACAAAUCUCAUGAGCGGGUUUUCUGAUUCAGCACUUCUUUCAAAAUCUACUAUUUAGAUUUUGAAAUAUAACAUGGAGGACCAUUAAUUAAAUAUAAUAAUCAUAAA